AACAUCCUGCCCAUCUCGGCCGCCAUGUUCAGCAGCGAGCGGCACAACCCGGAGCCGCAGUGUCCGCCCCGCCUGGGGCUGCAGGUCCUGGCGCCCGUCACCUGGAGCCGCCUCCCCAACGAGAGCCUCAGCGUGGAGACCACGCGCCUGGGGGAGCGCCUGGGCUGGGCCGUGGAGUGCUCCGAGCCCCGCGUCAUGAUGGCGCUGCACAUCCCCGAGGAGAACAGGUGCAUGGACAUCAUGGAGCUGUCGGAGGAGCUGGAGCUGCAGCGCUUCCAGCAGCACACGCUGAAGCUCUACUGCGCCGUGUGCGCGCUGGGCAACAACCGGGUGGCCCACGCGCUCUGCAGCCACGUGGACCAGGCGCAGCUCCUCUUCGCCAUCGAGAGCCCGGAGCUCCCGGGGCCCCUCCGCGCCGGUUACUACGACCUGCUCCUGGCCAUGCACCUCGACGCCGCCCAACGCGCCUGCUCCUCCAUGAGCGCCGAGUUCAUCAUCCCCAUGACCGAGGCCACCAAGAGCAUCACCCUGUUCCCCAGCGGCGGGCGCGCGCCCGGUCCCCCCGGCGUGGGACCCAGCGCCUGCCUCCGGCCCCGGCCCCACUUUGCUGAUCCCUGUUUUAUCCUGGCUCCCGGCAAUGGGAGGGCGCAGCUGAGCCCCAGUAUCCCCUUGGAAGAGCUGGGAGCUCGAGCCAUCAAGAUGUUGGCCGAGGCGGUGGCCGGGGGGGGACCGCACGCCCGGGACCCGGUGGGAGGCAGCGUGGAAUAUCAACUGGUGCCGGUGCUCAAACUGGUGUCGGCGCUGUUGGCCGUGGGAGCGCUGGAGGAUGAGGAUGUGAGGAAGGUCCUGAGGAUGAUCGACCCCAGGGUCUUCGGGGAGAAGGAGGAGGAGGAAGAGAAAGAGAAGGAGGAGAAGGAGAAAGAGGAAGAGGAGAAAGAGGAGGAGGAGAAGGAGGAGGAAGACGAGAAGGAGAAGGGAGAGAAGGAGGAGGAGGAGAAGGAGAAGGAGGAGGAAGAGGAAGGGCUGGAGGAAGGGCUGCUGCAGAUGAAGCUGCCUGAGUCGGUCAAGCUGCAGAUGUGCGAGCUGCUGCAGUACUUCUGCUCGCGGGAGCUGCAGCACCGCGUGGAGGCGCUGGUGGCGUUCUCGGAGCGCCACGUCCAGCGGCUGCAGCGCGACCAGCGGCGCCGCUACGGGCGCCUCAUGCGGGCGCUCACCAUGACGGCGGCGGAGACCGCGCGGCGCACCCGCGAGUUCCGCUCCCCGCCGCAGGAGCAGGUGAACAUGCUGCUGCACUACAAGGACGGGGUGGACGAGGAGGAGUGUCCGGUGCCCGAGGACAUCCGCGACGAGCUCCUGGACUUCCACAACGACCUCCUGGCCCAUUGCGGCAUCGAGCUGCCCGAGGAGGAGGAGGAGGAGGAAGAGGAGGCGUCGCUGCGGCAGCGGCUGCUGGGGCUGGUGCAGAAGGUGGUCGGGCUCCGUGGGACCACCAAGGAGGAGGAGCCCCCCCCCGAGGAGCCACCGGCGCCCAGCUCCCUGCAGGAGCUCAUCUCGCAGACCAUGGUGCACUGGGCGCAGGAGGCGUUCAUCCAGAGCCCGGAGCUGGUGCGGGCCAUGUUCAGCCUCCUGCACCGGCAGUACGACGCGCUGGGCGAGCUGGUGCGGGCGCUGCCGCGCGCCUACACCCUGAGCAGCCGCUCGGUGCCCGACGCCGUCGCCCUCCUCGAGAGCCUCAGCCAGAUCCGCUCCCUGCUCAUCGUGCAGAUGGGCCCCGAGGAGGAGAACCUGCUCAUCCAGAGCAUCGGGAACAUCAUGAACAACAAGGUGUUCUACCAGCACCCCAACCUGAUGCGGGCGCUGGGGAUGCACGAGACCGUCAUGCAGGUCAUGGUCAGCGUGCUGGGGGGCGGCGAGUCCAAGGAGAUCCGCUUCCCGAAGAUGGUGACGAGCUGCUGCCGGUUCCUGUGUUACUUCUGCCGCAUCAGCCGCCAGAACCAGCGCUCCAUGUUCGACCACCUCGGCUACCUGCUGGAGAACAGCAGCAUCGGCCUGGGCAUGCGGGGUUCCACCCCCCUGGACGUGGCGGCCGCCUCCGUCAUUGACAACAACGAGCUGGCGCUGGCGCUGAAGGAGCAGGACCUGGAGAAGGUGGUGACGUACCUGGCGGGCUGCGGGCUGCAGAGCUGCCCCAUGCUGCUGUCCAAGGGGUACCCCGACAUCGGGUGGAACCCCUGCGGGGGGGAGCGCUACCUCGACUUCCUGCGCUUCGCCGUCUUCGUCAAUGGGGAGAGCGUGGAGGAGAACGCCAACGUGGUGGUGCGGCUGCUGAUCCGGCGCCCCGAGUGCUUCGGGCCGGCGCUGCGGGGCGAGGGCGGCUGCGGGCUGCUGGCCGCCAUCCAGGAGGCCAUGGGCAUCGCGCAGGAUCCGGCCCGCGAUGGGCCCAGCGUCCGCCGGGAACGCCGCAGGGAGCCGUUUGGGGGUGAGGAACCCCCCGAGGAGAACCGGGUGCAUUUGGGCAACGCCAUCAUGUCCUUCUAUGCCGCCCUCAUCGACCUGCUGGGCCGCUGCGCCCCCGAGAUGCAUCUGAUCCAGGCGGGAAAGGGGGAAGCGCUGCGGAUCCGGGCGAUCCUGCGCUCCCUGGUGCCGCUGGAGGACCUGGUGGGGAUCAUCAGCCUCCCCCUGCAGCUGCCCACCCUGGGGAAAGACGGGGGGGUGGUGGAGCCGCGCCUGGCCGCCAGCUUCGUGCCCGAGCACAAGGCGCCGAUGGUGCUGUUCCUGGACCGCGUCUAUGGGGUGGAGACGCAGGAGCUGCUGCUGCACGUGCUGGACGUGGGCUUCCUGCCCGACAUGCGCGCGGCCGCCUCGCUCGACACCGCCACAUUCAGCACGACGGAGAUGGCGCUGGCGCUGAACCGGUACCUGAGCCAGGCGGUGCUGCCGCUGCUGACCAAGUGCGCGCCGCUGUUCGCGGGCACCGAGCACCGCGCCGGCCUGGUGGACUCCACGCUGCACACCAUCUACCGGCUGUCCCGCGGCAGGGCCCUCACCAAGGCCCAGCGCGACCUCAUCGACGAGUGCCUCAUGGCGCUGUGCCGGUACAUCCGUCCCUCCAUGCUGCAGCAUCUCCUGCGCCGCCUGGUCUUCGACGUGCCCAUCCUCAAUGAGUUCUCCAAGAUGCCGCUGAAGCUGCUGACCAAUCACUAUGAGCGGUGUUGGAAGUACUACUGCCUGCCCAGCGGGUGGCCCAACCACGGCGUGAGCUCCGAGGAGGAGCUGCACCUCACCAGGAAGCUCUUCUGGGGCAUCUUCCAGUCCCUCGCGCACAAGCGCUUCGACGCGGAGCUGUCCCGCCUGGCCAUGCCGUGCCUCUGCGCCAUCGCCGGCGCCCUCCCGCCCGACUACGCCGACGCCAGCUACUCCUCCCGCACCGAGAAGAAGGCGGCCGUGGACGCCGAGGGCAACUUCGACCCGAAGCCCGUGGAGACCCUCAAUGUCAUCAUCCCUGAGAAGCUCGAUGGGUUCAUCAACAAGUACGCGGAGUUCACCCAUGAGAAGUGGGCCUUCGACAAGAUCCAGAACAACUGGUCCUUUGGGGAGACGGUGGAUGAAGAGGCCAAGACCCACCCCAUGCUGCGCCCAUACAAAACCUUCUCUGAGAAGGACAAGGAGAUCUACCGGUGGCCCAUCAAGGAGUCCCUCAAGGCGAUGCUGGCCUGGGAGUGGACGGUGGAGAAGGCCCGGGAGGGAGAGGAGGACAAGGUGGAGAAGAAGAAGACCCGAAAGAUCUCCCAGUCUGCCCAGGCCACCUACGACCCCAGUCACGGCUACAGCCCCCAGCCCGUGGACCUGUCGGGGGUCACGCUGUCCCGGGAGCUGCAG